AUGGCCGCGCCCGGCCCCAGCCCCCAGCAAAUGGCGGCCAUGCAACAGCAGUUCGCCGCCGAAGCCGCUAAACGAGGGAUGACGCCCCAGCAGUUCGCUGAGAAGCAACGCGAGCAGCUCACAGCCGAUGCCGAAAAGCUCGGCCUGACCACAGAGCAAUAUGUUGCGCAGCUGCGGGCGCGAGCAAUGCAAGCCCACCAGCAACAACAGCAACAGCAAGCUCAGGCACAACAAAACCAGGCCGCAGAGGGACAACAACAACCUCAACAGCAGCCUGCGCCCCAGCAGCACCAGCACCAGACUACACAACAGGUUCCCGUGAACCCUAACAACCCUCCUGACCCAAAGGCAAUUGCCGUGGCCAACUGGCUGCGGUCGCAGAACCUCAAGCCACGCACAUGUAUCAUGGACGGGCAGCGCAAGGACAUGUUCAAGGUCAAGCGAGCUAUCCGCGCUAUCGAAUCCCCCGCCUACGCGAAAGCAGCUGCGAAAAAGAACUCCCUCCUCCCUCCUGUCACCGACCGCGCCUCAGCCGAGAAUGUAUUCAAGCUUCUUCCACUGUCUCUUCUGGCUCUGCGAGUGUCCAAGGUCGACCCGCACGCCGGUCACGACCACGCCAAACCCAAGAACCGCACUAAGGGAUUGUGGACCGUGAAGAUCGAGCAACACCAAGAGACUGACCCGAUGAUGCACUAUGUCUGGCUAUACGACGGUCCGCAAUGGAAGCAGAAGGCGAUGGCCGCAGCCGUGGUUGCGGGUAUCUUUGCCGUUGUCCUGUUCCCUCUGUGGCCCAUGAUGCUGCGCCAGGGAGUGUGGUAUCUUAGUGUCGGUAUGAUGGGACUGCUCGGACUGUUCUUCGCCAUGGCAAUCUUCCGUCUGAUUCUGUUCUGUGUUACUGUCUUCACCGUUGCGCCGGGUCUCUGGCUCUUCCCUAACCUGUUCGAGGAUGUUGGAUUCUUCGACAGUUUCAAGCCUCUCUGGGGCUGGCAAGAGACCAAGAAGAGCAAAAAGUCCAGCAAAUCCAAGGCCAAGGCCGAGUCUGCGCCCGUCGACUCUGCUCCAGCUUCUGCCCCUUCUGCAACUACAUCUUCUGCUGAGCCCGCUUCUACUCCGUCUGCGGCGGCGAGGCGGAAUUUGAGUGCCCAGGUGGAAGAGGUUGAAGAGUAG